GGGGCGUUGCGCAGCGCGCGGAGUUCAGAGUCCGCCGUCAUGGCGGGGUCCGGGGGGUCGAGCUGCACGCUGGAGUUCGCAGUGCAGAUGAGCUGCGAGAGCUGCGCCGAAGCCGUGCGGGCAGCGCUGGAGGGCGCCCCAGGCGUGCGGCUGCUGGAGCUGCGCCCCGAGACUCAGACGGUGCUGCUGGAGGCCGAGGUGGGCGCAGAGCGUGUGAAGGAGCUGCUGGAAUCCAGCGGGCGGCGCGCGGUGCUGCGGGGUAUGGGGGUCCCUGCGGGGUCCCCUGGGGAUCCCCGAGGGGGUGACACGACGGCGGCGGUGGCGGCGCUGUCCGGCGGUGUGCGGGGUUUGGUGCGGUUCCUGCAGGUGUCCCCGGAGCUGUGCGUGGUGGAUGGGGUCAUCGAUGGGCUGCGGCCGGGCCCACAUGGGCUGCACGUGCACGAGUUUGGGGACACGUCUGAGGGAUGUGAGAGCUGCGGGGACCACUACAACCCUGACGGGGAGUGCCACGGGGGGCCGCAGGACGAGCACCGGCACGCCGGGGAUCUGGGCAACGUGUGGGCCGACGCUGAGGGCCGAGCAGCGUUCCGUAUGGAGGACACACGGCUGAAGGUGUGGGACAUCAUUGGGCGCUCAGUGGUGGUGGAUGCGGGUGAGGACGACCUGGGCCGGGGCGGCCACGCGCUGUCCAAGCUGACGGGGAACUCGGGGCCCAGGUUGGCCUGUGGAGUGGUGGCGCGGGCGGCUGGGCUCUUCCAGAACCCCAAACAGCUCUGCACCUGCGACGGCCUCACGCUGUGGGACGAGCGGGACCGGGCUGCAACCUCCAGCCCCACGGCGGCCCCCAACCCCACAGCGGCCCCCAGCCCCACGGUAACCCCCACCCCACACCUGUAGGCGGAAGAACGAGCAGGAAAGCACUUUGUGUCCCCCCUCCCUUCUCCCCCGGCCCCACACCCGAAGGACCAAAGAGAAAUAAAGCGCUUUGCGUCUUUUCUUCCCUCCCCAGAAA